GGUAAAAACCGUAUUUUCUGAAAAAGUGACACAUUGCUCAAGUUGGCACCUCGCAAUUCAAGGUUAACAAAAAGGAAGUUGAUGUUCCAGACUACUUAGCCUUAAAAAUAAAUAUAAAGCUAAAUAACACAAAAGUAGGAAGCUACAGGCUGUGAUAACACUGUUUCAUGGUAUAUAACGUUAAUAACUCAACCACCAACACCAACAUGUCCAACAAAUACGAGCCCUUGAAACACCAUGCCGACAAUUCCGACAGUGGUAGCGGUGACGACGAAGUAGGACCAUACAUCACAGAUCUCGGUUCAAUAGACUACCCCCCUGGAGAACACAGAUUGCAACAUCCGUAUUGUCUGUGGUUCUCGAAACGACCAUCCCAAGUGCAAGGCUCACAAGGCUACAGUCAGGCUUUAAGGCUAGUGGGACAAGUCGGCACAGUGGAGCAGUGGUGGGCUUUAUAUUCACACAUCGUCCGACUGACGGAUAUCCCGGCACAUCGAGAUCUACACCUAUUUAAGAAAGGUAUUAAACCCAUGUGGGAGGACGCCGCCAAUAAAAAAGGCGGCAAAUGGGUUAUACGGUUAAGAAAGGAGCAAGCCGGGCGGGCUUGGGAAAACCUCUGUAUGGCGAUGUUGGGUGAACAGUUCAUGGCAGGGAAUGAGAUUUGUGGCGUGGUGGUCUCGACGAGGUAUCAAGAGUACUUGUUGAGUAUUUGGAAUAGGACGGCAUCGGAUCAAGCCACCACGGCGAGAAUAAGAGAUGCACUGAAAAGACUACUCAAUAUUCCAGCAAGUGCCACCAUGGAGUACAAAACACACAAUGAUUGUCUCAAAGCCUCGAAAAACAUACCAAAUAAUGCGUUGAAAAGUUGAUUUUGAGUGACAACGUAGCCCCGAGAAGAGAGUUAAUUUUACACACUAAUGCGUUUUUCUGAUUUCGUCGGAUUUUAACGUCGCCCUCAAUAUACAAGAUUGCAAAAUA